AUUGCAUUUCGGGAUUGCGUUACUUAGCAUAUCCAGUUUAUGUGAGAUUAAUCAUUAUUAAGGGAUUGUUAUUACGGCUCAUAUAGCCACUUCUUUGAUGAACAAAUGGUUACCCAUGUUUUUGUCAUCGGACAUAUCAAGCUCAACUGACGUACUUUUAUUGUGUUGUGACAGAUACAUGUAAUCAGCCAACUAUUCAAAUCUCCAACUUAACAUGUUAUCUUGUGUGUAAUAUGUAGAUUGUAAUUAAUAUAAGUUUUAGUGAUCAUAAUGUCUAGCCCAAUAAACAAAUCUAAAGAGUCGAAGGAUUUGAUUGAUUUUGAUUGCGAUUUUAACAGUCCUACUCAUAAGUUUUCGGAGAUACAGUUAAUGUUCGACCCCUUAAUUCCGACCUCUGUUACUUCAGAUAAAAACAAAAGAAAUGGCCAUGUUUUUCUCAAUCCUUAUGCCGAGCCUUCGGAUACCUCAAAUGAAUGCAAAACUGAACAUUCGCCUUUCGAUUUGAUGUUGGAUUAUUCAUCAGGUCCCAUUGGAUCUCAUCUCGUGAAACCAGAUGAAUUACUUCUGCCUCACACAGUAAUGGAUGCUAAUAAUAUUCUUAAAGAUGAAAAUUUCCAUUUAUCAAAUAAAAAGCUUAUUUUUCCAUCGGUUAUGGAUGUGCAAUACGAUACCUGUUCAGCGAAGCCACAAGUUAGCACCAGUUCAGAAAUUGAUUUGAAAGGAAAUCAACAUGAUUUGUUUUCAUUUUCUCAAACUGUUACUCCAUGGUGCCUUCGCAAGAAUGACAAAAAUAAUCCUCAUUGUACAACGAUUAAUCAAGAAGGAUUGUCUUCAACAACACAACUGACUCAUUUUAUUGCUAACAGUCAACCUACAGACGAAUUGAAACUAUUUGUUAGUUUUGUUCAAAGCCUGCGACGGCAAAAGUAUAAUAAGCCAAAUACGUCUACAUUGAUCAGUGAUCUUGAUAGUGAUUCUAAACAAAAUGAAAACAAUUCUGUACCUGUGUAUUCACCUCCAGACACUUGGGCAUAUGAUUGUGUCUAUAGUGAUUCUGUUACAAAUGUAAUGUUAAAAAAUUCGCACACAAGCAUUAAUUUACUUUCGUUAACUUCUAGUUCAGCUGGAUAUCAACAGAUGAAUCCGUUAUGGAAGACAGAAACUGCCGCUUCUAAUGUAUCAUAUAUAUAUCCUAAAUGUAAAGAAUAUUUCGGUUCUCAAAAUAACACUCCUGCUCAUUGGACUAAUACACCACGUUGGUGUAUUCCUCAAUUAGAAGUACGUAUUACAGCGCAUUUAAAUACUGGAAAAAAGUCAUAUCAAAGUUUCACUACAAAUAAUCCAAAUUCAGUCAAUUCAGAAACUACGAAUAAUUCUUCAGUCAAUCCUCGGUUACGUUUAGUUUGUGAUCCUACAUCCACAUUAGUCAAUGAACUUAUGUUGGAAGCACUUGCUAACGAUUUAAUUCCACAAGAAAUUGUUCUGGAUGUCAAUCAUUUUCAAUUACGUCUUCAAGGAAGAGCUGAACUAUUACGACCAGAUGCUCGUUUAUGUGAUUGUUAUCAGGUUCAGCUCUGUCAUCGAUUGGAUCAACCACUGAGAUUAAUUUUAGAACCAAAAGACGUUGAUCAACCAUAUAUAGAAAAAACUUUCAGUACUAAUGAACAAUUCAUUCCUCAGAAUUUCUUCACAAAUAAUCGACCGACACCUACUGAAGAAGAUAUAUUCAUCAGUUAUAGCGUAUUUCAAAAUGCGCUGGAAAAGUUUCGAUCAUGUAUUGUGGAAAAUUAUGCACAAGUGGAUAGUGAAUCAUGGUUAAAAGAUGUUCACUGUGCCAGUUCAAGUUUAUGUCAGUCAGUAAAAGCUGUUUUAGCAGCUGUCUGUUAUGGUAUGGCUUUUUCUGAUGUUAUCAAUGCAUUAGGAAACAUACAAGUGUGUAUAAUGGAUAUUGUAUAUGAUAUUGGUUUAAAUAAUAAAGUAACCGGUUUCAAGCGUCACGAUAAUAAAAAUUUUAACAGCUUUCGUAGUGAUAGUCAACAGGAUACUACACAGGAAAAUUGGUUUUCAUCAUCCUAUAAGCGAAAACAGACUAGGACUUCUCCAACACUUGUAUCCAAUCUUCAGUCCACCCUUAAAAACACAAGCAAAACACUAGUCAAUUUAAAACGUGAUAUAAAGCCGCAAUCAAGAAAGAAGCUACAUAAUUUGAUUUUAUCGUUGACUAAAAAUCUUCUCUGUCAACUAAGUGCAUUUUUUAUAUGGCGUCAAGUUAAUAUCUCAGUAAAUCCUCAAUUAAUUGGGAAUAGUAAUUUUUUAUCCAAUGGUGUAUCGAAUGAAUCAUUUAGUUAUCUGACUGAUAAACAGCUUUAUCAUACCAAAAAUGGACGCCCUAAAGCUAUGCUCAUAACGGAUGAUGUUGAUGGCGAAUUUUUCAAUGAUCGUCAACAGUCUGAACAGAAAAAAGAGGUGAAAAGUUCCAUCGAUUGUUUAGAUGCUAUAGUCGUUGGGCUUAUCGCUAUACACAAUCCUCCGCCACGUAAAACAGUUGGAGCCUAUAAUUCAAAUGUAAUCAGUAACAAUACAACUGUUAAUUCAUCUUUAUCUAGUUCAUCAUCUCCUAGUCAAACCAAUCCUAAUACAUCGUCAACAAGAACAGAUGGCUAUUAUUGUGUGCGUCUUGGUUUAGUGUACGCUGGACGACCACUAAGCAAGGUAUAUCCCAGUGCAUUGACUACUCAUCAUGACAAUAUAAAUGAUAAUCAUUAUAGAUCAUCACCUUAUAAAAAUCACGCGAAGGAAAUUUCUUGGACUAGCAAUCAUUUAUCACGUGACAGUCAAAAUAAAUACACUAGAGAUUAUUUCAUCAGUGAUCCUGGUCGUUAUCAGACAAUUCAGUCCGGUUUUCCUAAAGUUUUACAAUUUGACCAGUGGUUUAAAUUUCCAAGUUUCACUAUUAGUCAACUUCCACGAGAAGCAAUGUUAGCUAUUAGUUUAUUUUGGUGUAAGAAAUUGAAUACGGACAAUUCUGAUGGUUAGUAGAUAUGAUGAGAUAUAAACUAAUAAAUACGAUUUACACAUUUAUAUUUUAUAUUCACUUGAAAUUUUUCUUCAUACAUUUGCGAAACUACGUAUAAUGGUUUGUGAAACCAAUGGUUUAGGGAUUAUCAUGAGAUUUGGGAAAUGUAAAUAGAAUUCCUGGUUAUGUUAUAGUUGCUGCAGUGUCACAAACUGGGAAGAAGCACAGCCCUUUUGAUAUGAAUUCUACUUUAUUGUCCCCACUUAAUGGGGUAACUGAUUGUUGGUGAUGAUCCAGAAAACCCGAAAAAGCCAAAAAAGGACUGAAAACACUGAGAAGCAUCUUAUCCAAUCAGCAUUUGCUAGAACUUUUGCCAGAAACGUCUAGAAAGUGAAAAGUCACAUGUCGAGUUAAUGAUCACCAAUACUUUUACUAUGUUUAGUAGCGUUCAAGAAGUCUCUGGAAACCCAAGGCCAUCUAAAAUACUAUAAAAACCCUAGACUUUCUGUACAUAAAUGAAUCUUUGGAAUAAAACGUUUCUUCCAU